ACUACAAACCACAAAGGAAUCCCCCUUAUAUGAAUCUACAUGUGGUGCAUUUCUUCAUCAGAAGGAUCACAUUACAAAGAAUUCGCACUGUAGACAGUAUGCCAUGUACAUCGACUGAACGAGGAAGGGGUAGAGGCCCAAAGAUGCCCACUUGUAUUACACUCAUGGAUUUUGAGUGUCUGCAUUUUUAAAGGAUAAAAAUAGCACUAGGCCUGUAUGACUUGGACACAUUUUUUUCGAAACUUUCCCAACCUAAGCAUUUGGUGUCCGUUACACUGUUGGCUGGCCAGAGUAUAAAAGUGAGGCAGAGAACCCACAUCCUCAACCUGUGCACAUCCUUGCUACUCAGACGUAGACCUAAGUCUAAGAUCUUCUAAAAAAGAUGGCUUUUGCUGGUAUCCUUAAAGACGCUGAUAUUGCUGCUGCAAUCAAGGACUGCGCAGCUGCCGACUCCUUCAACUACAAGACCUUCUUCGUCAAGUGCGGACUGAGCGCAAAGUCCUCUGAUGAGGUCAAGAAGGCCUUCUUCGUCAUUGACCAGGACAAGAGCGGCUUCAUUGAGGAGGAUGAGUUGAAAUUCUUCCUCCAGACCUUCAAGGCUGGUGCCAGAGCUCUUACUGAUGCUGAGACCAAGGCUUUCCUUGCAGCUGGUGACGAAGACGGUGAUGGCAUGAUUGGAGUUGAUGAGUUCGCUGUGCUUGUGAAGGCUUAAGUUUUCCACGUUUCAUGGAACCAGACUUCUGCUGUCAACUAUCUGAGAUCAACUAUCUGAGUACCUGGUUCAGAUAGUUGAUAUUGCCUUUUUUAUAUAUUUAUUUAUGAAUACCAUGCCAACUCUUAGCAAGGACAUGUGCAAGGACUCAAAAACUUAAUGUUCAUGUUGUUUAGUUAUGUUAUAUGUUCUCAACCACACCAGUGCAAGCAUUUAGGCCAGUGCAUUAUUUACAUGACAAUAAAUCAUUUCUUAUAAUUACUCUGAGUUUCCAAUGAAUUAAUGAUCUUGUCUGUAUAUCAGGCUCUCAUCUAUGACUAUUAACUUUUUCAAUGGGUCAUGUGGGAGUGCUCACAUCCAGCUCUGCCUACUGGUGGUGUCUUCACUGCUGUGCUGCCCUGCCCCCUAGUGGUGAUUUCACCCACAUGCAAUUAUUUUCUUCUCUGGAGAACCCAGCAGUAAACCCAACAAACAGUACAGCAAAUGGAAAAAAUACUAGACACAAGAAUUUACUAGACCGUGUUAACUAUUUUUAUCAAUAAUAUUCUAGUUCACCAAUUUCUGGUGUUUUGUUACUUGCUUGAUGAGAUGUGAUCUUGUCAAACAGAAAAGAAAUACUCCUCUGUGAGGUGUCAUAACCUUAAUAUCUAAUAGUAACGAGUCAUGGGAAGAGAAUAUCUUUGAGACGUGUGUUGCAGUCCUACAUGGAGAGUAUAUGUCCCCAGGUGGGUAACCAAAGCAGUCUGAUGAUCAAAGGGACACAAAGGGACAACCACCACGUUCCGGAUCUA